AGUUGGAGCGUGCUGGAGCUAGAUGAGUACUGUGGUUGUCUUCAGUGUAAGGGGUGGGGGGUGGGGGGGAGGUGGUUUAGAAUGUGGAAAGAAAUGAAGAAAUAAGACUGCUGGAAGAGAGAAUGGAAUAAUUUUAGUGCCUAAGGACCAAACUGGCUCCUGAGAAGUCUCUUUACAUUAAGGUGAUACAUACUGAAUCAAGCCCUGAACUCUCUGCAGGGCUACAUGCCCUCUAGACUCCUCUGGAGACUGGCUCUGUUCCUGUUUUUUCGACCAAGCUUCUUUCACUUCCACAUCAUCUUCCAUCAGUUCCAUGGACACCCACCAGCUUCCCUCUAGGAUACAUUUACUGCAAGGAAUUUGGGAACACUACUUCCUUCUGGGACUUCAAACCAUGAGGUAAAGAGAAACACUGUUAUUGAGCAAUUCUGGGGGCUGUCAACAUUAAUAGCAGCCAGUGCUGGUGGUGACCUGCCCCAUGACAACUGAGACGCCCCCAAGGUGAAGAAAUAGACUAUCCCUCGUGGUCAAACAAGACAUCAGUGAUGGUGAUGAUGUCCCGCUCUGGGGUAAAAAGGCUGUAAGACAGACACAUGUUAUCCCCCCUUCCCCCUAGGGGAACACCCUGAGUCUGCAGCCGUGACAGAUUUGUCAAGGUCUUAACUGGAGGUGGACCUGGACCAAGGUACCCAAUGCCUCUCAGCUCUUGUUCUGUUGGCUGCACUGUCUCAUGUUCUCAGAUCCACUCAAUCCCUUCAUUGUAAGAGAAGAACUCCAGGCUUGUGGCUGAUACCUUGUCCCUUAAGUGAGUGGCCGUAUUUCUCUUCUAGCUCAAAAUAAGAAGUGGAAGUAGACUUCCCAACAGUCGGGGGAUGGACCUGCAGAGUGACUUCAGCAUUGGUAUGAAGUGACAAACACAGAAGAGACGGUCAGAAACAUGAAGCUGAAGGUAUUCAAGUUUGUUGUAGGGCUUAUAGCCGUUUCUGUAACUCUUUUGUUCUUGUAUACCAACAAUUCAGUCCUGCCAAAAUAUCCUCCAGAGGUAAAAAUCUCAAACUCUUCAGUGCUUGCAGAAGUCUGUGACAUGAUUGUAACAGGAAAACACAUCUUGGAUGGAAAUGUACCAAUAACACCGCUGAGAGACAUAAGUUGCCAACAAUACUUGACCCAGAAUCACUACAUAAUGAAACCUCUGUCCAAAGGCGAAGCUGAGUUCCCUUUGGCAUACAUCAUGGUCAUCCACAAAGACUUUGAUACAUUUGAGAGGCUCUUCAGGGCUAUUUACACGCCUCAAAAUGUCUACUGUGUACACGUGGAUGAGAAAGCCACCUCCGCUUUCAAGGAUGCGGUGGGAAGGCUCCUGAGCUGCUUCGCAAAUGCCUUUCUGGCUUCCAAGAGUGAGUCUGUGGUCUAUGCAGGAGUUUCCAGGCUCCAGGCUGAUCUGAAUUGCCUGCAAGACCUCAUAGACUCAGAGGUUCCGUGGAAGUACGCCAUCAACACCUGCGGGCAAGAUUUCCCCCUGAAAACCAACAGGGAGAUAGUUCAGUAUCUAAAAGGAUUUAAAGGUAAAAACAUCACCCCAGGGGUGCUGCCUCCUCCUCAUGCUAUCAGAAGGACCAAAUACAUGCACUUGGAGCAGAGAUACCAUUUGUUUUCCUUCAUGCUGUGGACUUGGAUCAGAAAAACACCUCCUCCCCAUAAUCUCACCAUUUACUUUGGCUCCACCUAUGUAGCCCUUACAAGAGAAUUUGCGAAUUUUGUUCUCCAAGACCAGAGGGCCAUUGAUUUACUUGGGUGGUCGAAGGACACCUACUCUCCUGAUGAACAUUUCUGGGUGACCCUUAACAGGAUUCCAGGAGUCCCUGGCUCCAUGCCAAACGCAUCGUGGGCUGGUAACCUCAGAGCUGUGAAGUGGUCUGACAUGGAAGAUAAACACGGAGGCUGCCACGGCCACUACGUCCAUGGCAUUUGUAUCUAUGGAAACGGAGACUUAAAGUGGUUGAUUAAUUCACCAAGCAUCUUUGCUAACAAGUUUGAGCUCACUACAUACCCCCUCACUGUGGAAUGCCUAGAACUGAGGCUUCGAGAAAGAACCCUAAAUCAGAGUGAAAUUGCACUACAGCCCAGCUGGUAUUUUUGAUCUACUGCUACUCACGACGAAAUGGAAAUCACAGCUGGAAAGGAGAGCCUUUCUUUGCUAGAAAAACUUUGCCUGGGUUAUAUGAACAGUCUCAGGGCCAACGUUAUGACUUCAGGACCUGACUACAUUAUUACAUGUUAAAAUAUCCAUUGGACACUGUGAAGUACGCUAUCAGGAUGGUUGCACAGAGUGAUGCUAGCGCUUUGGCCACUGACAGUUCCUUGAGGCUCACCUCUACGUCAGGUUACUGUUCUCAGCGAUAAACUAAACUGUCGUCAGAUCUUUGCACCUGAUCCUCAUUGUAUACAAAUGUUCUAAUGGAAAGGAGAAUUGUAGAUAAUACUAUUUAGGAAAAAAAAGAAUUGGGUUUCUUUGAAGAAGGAAUCUUAUAUAACAGAUCUAUAGCCACAGAUUAAUGGAGACCCCCCCUGCUCUUUGUUCAACGGCACGCAGACAUAGAAACCGCUUGCUGGGUAACUCACCGAUCUCCUUUACAACUUGAGCUCCUAGAACUGAGAACUAGAUCUUGUUCCCGAGUUUCAACAGUAGUAUUUUCAAGUUUCCUGUGUCUAAAGUUCUGUCAAGAAUGGAAAGCCAUUCACAGGAGACAGAAUUUAAGACAGCAGUCACUGCCUGCUACUUCAGUAAAAGGCCCCUGAGGAGUCCCUUUGUUGAAUGUUUGUCAGAAUGUGCUCUGAUCCCUUUUCCUUCAUUUUCCUUCGAGAGCAUGGAAAAGUUCUCAACGAAUGAAGAACUUCUAGAAGAGAGGUGGUAUUGCAUGGGUCCAGCUUCAAGCCUCGAAUAUCUCAGAGUAAACCACUUUCUUUUAUUGCCAUUAUCCUCUACCCCCACCAAAGUGAUCUUAUCUCCAAAAUGGAGAUCAAAUUCUGUCCUGUGAGCCUCAAAGGGGGUUCCCGGUGUUCUCUGAGUAGCUUUGCACUGCCUGCGGGUCAUAGGAGUGCCUGGAUUUUUAAAAGCUUUCAAUUGUGUGUGAGCUUCCUUGUCACUUAUCCUUUGUCGCAUUCAUCCGUCCAAGUCAUUCAUCCAGCAUCCAGUCAAUAAGUAUUUCUGUUACACACCAGACACGUGCAGAGAUAAGGAGGAGAAGUAAGUCAGAAGCUUUUUCACUCUAAAAAACCUGGCAAUAACGUCAAUGUUGGAAAGGCUGCUCUAGAGAAUCUUACAGAGUGGUUGUAUUUUAACACAUUCGUGUGUGGGGUUGUAGAUUGUGCUGUCAGGCCCAGGAUAUCAGCAAUUACAAAGUGAGGUCUAAAUCAGAGAUCAUUGCCAGGAGAGAAGCGAAGGAGGAGGUGGAAGCCACAGCCGAUUGUGUUCUAGACGUUGUGCUCGCUCCUUUACAUCUCAUGACCUUCAAAUCUCACAACACUCUUGUGAAGCUCGCGUGAUUACCCCCACUUUGCAGAUGAAGUGAGUGAGGCUUAGAGAGAUCACUAGUCAGCAUUAGGAAACAAGUUCUUUGUCCGAGAAUCGGAAUUUUCUUACUAGUUUCCUUUGUUCAUUCCCUGAGGUGGGACCUUUAGAGAAGGUGGAGUAAAGCCAUAUUUAGCAUCCCAACGGUCUCAGUGUUAAUAUUGAGAAAACGUCCUGUCACGUCAGAAAAAUGUGAAGUCUACUGUUGUUUUCCAUCCAGUUCCUUGAUAUUUAUUUAUUCUAAUGAAAAACGGUAACUACAAAUAACGAUACGUUCAAUCCACGCAAUGUUAUUUUUUUCUGUAAUUGUGACUGUUGAAUGUUAAUCAUAUUUAAUGAAUUGAAAUUUAAUGACUUCUAGUGACUUUGAAGUAAAGCCUUCUUUUUUCCUGCUUUUGAAAAAGAUGGAACUGUAUCGGGUGUAAGAGGCAAGGGGUAAGGAACACACCCAGAGCUAAAGGCAGAAUCUAAAAGUCACCUUUUUCUCAACUUAUUCACGACACCACUUGAGAAGAAGGAAUGCUUUACACUGGAUCUUUCUCUUGUAGAACAAGAAAUCUUUUGGAAUAGAAGAUGUUUACAUGUCCCUUGUUGGUCAUUUCUUCUAUGUCUUAAGUACUUUAAUUUUGGGAGAGUGUAGUGUUUGGACUAGUGGGUUUCUGCUAGCCCAUGGAGAUGCCUUGAAAACUUUGUUUUCAGUGAUGUUCCAUGUUGUUUUCUUGGAAAUAAAUUAAUAUAUUGUUU